CUCCUCAAUGAGGCUCAGCGCGACGGGCGGGAUCGGCGCACCGCACCGCACCGCUCCGCACCGCACCGCACCGCCGACAUGAUCGCGUCCCAUCUGCUCGCGUACUUCUUCACGGAACUCAACCACGACCAGGCGCAGAAGGUGGACAAGUACCUGUACCACAUGCGGCUCUCCGAGGACACGCUGCAGGAGGUGUCCGAACGCUUCCGCAAGGAGAUGGAGAAGGGGCUGGGUGCUGACACCAACCCCACCGCCUCCGUCAAGAUGCUGCCCUCCUUCGUCAGGUCCACCCCAGACGGCACAGAGGACGGAGACUUCUUGGCGCUGGACCUCGGUGGCACCAACUUCCGCGUGCUGCGGGUGAAGGUGUCCGACAACGGCCUGCAGAAGGUGGAGAUGGAGAGCCAGAUCUAUGAGAUCCACGAGGACCUCAUGCGAGGCAGCGGGAUGCAGCUCUUUGACCACAUCGCUGAGUGCCUGGCCAACUUCAUGGAGAAGCUGAACAUCAAGGAGAAGAAGCUGCCCCUCGGCUUCACCUUCUCCUUCCCGUGUCACCAGACCAAGCUGGAUGAGAGCAUCCUUGUCAACUGGACAAAGGGAUUCAAGUGCAGCAGCGUGGAGGGGAAGGACGUGGUGUCCCUGCUGCGCAAGGCCAUCAAGAAGCGUGGGGACUUCGACAUCGACAUCGUGGCGGUGGUAAAUGACACUGUUGGCACCAUGAUGUCCUGUGGCUAUGAUGACCAAAACUGUGAAGUCGGACUCAUCGUGGGGACGGGCACCAACGCCUGCUACAUGGAGGAGAUGAGGCACAUCGACCUGGUGGAGGGGGACGAGGGCCGGAUGUGCAUCAACAUGGAGUGGGGUGCCUUCGGGGACGACGGCGUGCUCAAUGACAUCAGGACCGAGUUCGACCAUGAGAUAGACAUGGGCUCGCUCAACCCUGGCAAGCAGCUGUUCGAGAAGAUGAUCAGUGGGAUGUACAUGGGCGAGCUGGUGCGCCUCAUCCUGGUGAAGAUGGCCAAGGAGGGGCUCCUCUUCCGAGGAAAGCUCUCUUCGGAUCUGCGCACCACUGGACACUUUGAGACCAGAUUUGUCUCUGCUAUCGAGAAGGAGAAAGAGGGGCUGCAGAAAGCCCACGAGAUCCUCACCAAACUGGGCCUGGAGCCGUCCCACGAGGACUGCCUGGCCACCCACCGCAUCUGCCAGAUCGUUUCCACCCGCUCGGCCAACCUCUGCGGGGCCACGCUGGCCGCCGUGCUGCGCCGCAUCAAGGAGAACAAGGGGGUGGACCGGCUGCGCUCCACCGUCGGUGUGGAUGGCUCUGUCUACAAGAAGCACCCUCACUUUGCCCGACGCCUCCAUAAGACAGUGAGGAAGCUGCUGCCUGACUGCGAGAUCCGAUUUGUGAGGUCGGAAGACGGCAGCGGCAAAGGGGCGGCCAUGGUGACGGCGGUGGCCUACAGGCUGGCAGCCCAGCACAAGGCCCGGCAGAAGAUCCUGGAGGCGCUGAAGCUGAGCCACGAGCAGCUCCUGGAGGUGAAGCGGAGGAUGAGGGUUGAGAUGGAGAAGGGGCUGGGCAAGGAUACGCACGCGGAGGCCACAGUGAAGAUGCUGCCCACAUACGUGUGCUCAACUCCAGACGGGACAGAAAAAGGAGAUUUCCUCGCCCUGGAUCUGGGGGGGACGAACUUCCGCGUGCUGCUGGUGCGGGUGCGGAACGGCAUGCGGCGCGGCGUGGAGAUGCACAACAAGAUCUACUCCAUCCCGCUGGAGGUGAUGCAGGGGACAGGCGAGGAGCUCUUCGACCACAUUGUGCACUGCAUCUCCGACUUCCUGGAGUACAUGGGGAUGAAGGGAGUGUCGCUCCCGCUGGGCUUCACCUUCUCCUUCCCAUGCAGGCAGACCAACCUGGACGAGGGGAUUCUCCUAAAGUGGACAAAGGGUUUCAAAGCCACGGGCUGCGAAGGGGAGGACGUGGUGAGCCUGCUGAAGGAGGCCAUCCACCGCAGGGAGGAGUUCGACCUGGACGUGGUGGCGGUGGUGAACGACACGGUGGGCACCAUGAUGACCUGCGGCUACGAAGACCCCUACUGCGAAGUCGGGCUGAUAGUCGGAACGGGCAGCAACGCCUGCUACAUGGAGGAGAUGCGGAACGUGGAGCUGGUGGAGGGCGACGAGGGCCGCAUGUGUGUCAACAUGGAGUGGGGCGCGUUUGGGGACAACGGCUGCUUGGAUGACAUCCAGACCGAGUUUGAUUUGGCUGUGGACGAACUGUCCCUCAACCCUGGGAAGCAGAGGUUUGAGAAGAUGAUCAGCGGGAUGUACCUGGGGGAGAUCGUCCGCAACAUCCUGAUCAACUUCACCAAGCGAGGGCUGCUGUUCCGCGGCCGCAUCUCCGAGCGCCUGAAGACCAGGGGGAUCUUUGAGACAAAGUUCCUGUCCCAGAUAGAAAGCGACUGCCUGGCCCUGCUGCAGGUGCGCUCCAUCCUCCAGCAUCUGGGCCUGGAGAGCACGUGUGACGACAGCAUCAUCGUUAAGGAGGUGUGCACCGUGGUGGCCCGGCGCGCCGCGCAGCUCUGCGGGGCCGGAAUGGCCGCCGUGGUGGAUAAAAUCCGUGAGAAUCGAGGGCUGGAUUUCCUCAAGGUGACGGUUGGCGUGGAUGGGACGCUCUACAAACUGCACCCACACUUCUCGGCCGUCAUGCAGGACACGGUGAGGCAGCUGUCCCCGUGCUGCGAGGUGACCUUCCUGCAGUCAGAGGACGGCAGCGGCAAAGGAGCGGCGCUGAUCACGGCCGUGGCGUGCCGGAUCCGCGAGGCCGGGCAGCGGUAGGGGCAGCUCGGAGCCCAGAGCUCUGCGCCCGACGGACGAUUCCUUCCCCGCUCCCUCCCCCCAUACACAACACACACACACGGGGCCCUCCCCCCUUCGCUUUCCUCGUGGGACACCGAGGCCGUGUCCCGCUCAACCCCAAACCACUCACGUGUCCCCCGACGGCACAAAGGAUGCAGAGCCUUCUGAUGCCGCAUCCCGCCCCGUAGGGCCGGCCUUUCCCUGGACACCCCCAGGUCUGUUUUCCCCCCCCUUCCCCCAUCACCCGCACAGGUGGGGAAGCACUGGGGACGGGGGUCCCGUUGCAUCACCUGGCGUCGCGGUCCCGCGUCACCUCGCCGUGUCCUUUAGCGGUGGCACCGAAUCUUCCUUUCUCUUUGUCGUUUUUUUCCCUUAAUUUAACGUUUCCUUGGGGUCAGACUGGAGAACCCGACAUUGCGGGGCGGGCUGGGGGCGCUUUGCUUGUCCCCGAAGGGAAAAUAUGGGGGGAAGGGAUGCAGCCCCCGAGCACGGUGUGGGGCAGAGCUGCGCUCACGGAGGACGGAGCUCUCAGGGGACUCCUUUGCGUCGGCACUGCGCUCUCGGGGUUGAAAUGAAGAAGGGAAGCUGAAGUCGCAGCUGUCAAAUGAAGGGAAGGACGGACGGAGCCGGGGGGCGCUCAGAGCUCAGCCCGGCCCCCCCGGCCCGAGUCGGAUCCAAGCCAAAGACGGUGGGGCUGCGAGCAGCGGAGCUGCGCCUGCUGUUCUCCUCUCGUGUUUACACUAUUUAUUUUUAGCCGUGAUAGAUAGAGAGAUAGAGAGGCUUCCUUAUUUUUGUACUUUUCGUACCGGUUUCCCUGGCAGUGUGGUGGUGGUGUUGUACUCCUCGGCUCCCCCCAAUAAAAACGUGGAACCGACUGAG